AAAAAAAACAGAUUGCAGAUCACAUGUUUGGAGUGUGGCAAAAGCAUUGUUCAGAACAGCACUCCAUUGAUUCAUGGAAGGACCGAUGCAGGAGGAGCAGCUCCACCAGUGCUCCCAAUGUGGCAAAAGAUUUAGCAUGCACACCAAUCUGGUGAGACAUGAGAGGACUCACACUGGAGAGAAACCCUUUGAGUGUCCUCUUUGUGAGAAAAGUUUCACAUGGAAUUCUGACCUGGUGAUACACCAGAGGACUCACACAGGAGAGAAAUCAUAUGAGUGUCUGGAUUGUGGGAAAGGUUUUAGUUAUAAUUCUGAAUUGGUGAAACACCAGAGGACUCACACAGGAGAGAAACCAUAUGAGUGUCUGUAUUGUGGGAAACGUUUCAGUCAGAAUUCAAACCUGGUGAUACACCAGAGGACUCACACAGGAGAAAAACCAUAUGAGUGUCCAGAUUGUGGGAAAGGUUUCGGUCACAAAUCCCAACUGGUAAAACAUCUGACGAUGCACAUGGCACAGAAACCAUAUGAGUGUCUGUAUUGUGGGAAAGGUUUCAGUUGCAAUUCCGAUCUGGUGGUACAUCACAGGACUCACACAGGAGAAAAACCGUAUGAGUGCCCCAUUUGUGGAAAAAAUUUCAGUCAGAAUUCCAGCCUCAUAGAGCACCAGAGAACUCACACGGGAGAGAAACCAUAUAAGUGUCCAGAUUGUGGGAAAGGUUUCAAGCAUAAUUCCAAGGUGGUGAUACACCAGAGGAUUCACACGGGAGAGAAACCAUAUGAAUGUCAGGAAUGUGGAAAAUGUUUCAGUCAGAAUUCCCAUCUGGUGAAACACCGGAGGACUCACACAGGAGAAAAACCAUAUGAAUGUCUGGAUUGUGGGAAACGUUUUGGUCAGAAAUCCACCCUGAUGAAACACCAAAAGACUCACACAGGAGAAAAACCAUCUGAGUGUCCAGAUUGUGGGAAAAGUUUCAAGCAUAAUUCCAAGCUGGUAAUACACCGGAGGAUGCACACAGGAGAGAAACAAUAUGAGUGUCUGUAUUGUGGGAAAGGUUUCAGGCAGAAUUACAAGCUGGUAAUACACCGGAGGACUCACACAGGAGAGAAACCAUAUGAGUGUUCGCAUUGUGGGAAAAGUUUCAAUCGGAAUUGCGACCUGGUAAGACACAAUAUGACUCACACAGGAGAAAAACCAUAUGAGUGUCCAGAUUGUGGGAAAAGAUUCAUCCGGAAUUCUGAACUGGUAAUACAUAGGAGGAUUCACACAGGAGAAAAACCAUAUGAGUGUUCAGAUUGUGGGAAACGUUUUGGUCAGAAUUCCCACCUUGUGAAACAUCUGAUGAUUCACACAGGAGAGAAACCAUAUGAGUGUUUGUAUUGUGGGAAAAGUUUCAUUCAGAAUUCAAACCUGGUGAUACACCAGAGGACUCACACAGGGGAAAAACCAUAUAAGUGUCCAGAUUGUGGGAAAAGUUUCAGGCUUAAUUACAGGUUGGUGAUACACCGGAGGAUUCACACGGGAGAGAAACCAUAUGAGUGUCCAGAUUGUGGGAAAAGAUUCAUCUGGGAUUCCAACCUGGUAACACACCAGAGGACUCACACAGGAGAAAAACCAUAUGAGUGUCCAGAUUGUGGGAAAAGAUUCAUCCGGAAUUCCGCCCUGGUAAUACAUAGGAGGACUCACACAGGAGAAAAACCAUAUGAGUGUCCAGAUUGUGGGAAAAGUUUCAGUCAGAAUUCCAGCCUGAUAGUCCACCAGUGGACUCACACGGGAGAGAAACCAUAUGAAUGCCCAGAUUGUGGGAGAGAUUUCAGUAGUAGGUAUAGACUUAUAAAUCAUGUAAAGACUCACACGGGAGAGAAACCAUAUGAGUGUCCUGAUUGUGGGAAAGAUUUUUCUUGGAAAUCCGUCCUGGUGAACCAUCAAAGGACUCACACAGGAGAGAAACCAUAUAAAUGUCAUGAUUGUGGAGAACAUUUUAGUCAGAAUUCCUACCUGGUGAAACACCAGAGGACUCACAUGGGAGAGAAACCCUGUGAGUGUUCAGAUUGUGGGAAAGAUUUCACUUGCAAUUCUGACCUGGUGAAACAUCGAAGGACUCACACGGGAGAGAAACCCUAUAAGUGUCCUGAUUGUGGGAAAGGUUUCAGUCGCAAUUCAAACCUGGUGAUACACCAGAGGACUCACACAGGAGAAAAACCAUAUGAGUGUUCAGAUUGUGGGAAAGGUUUCGGUCACAAAUCACACCUGGUGAAACAUCUGAUGACUCACACAGGAGAGAAACCAUAUGAGUGUCUGUAUUGUGGGAAAAGUUUCAUUCAGAAUUCAAACUUGGUGAUACACCAGAGGACUCACACAGGAGAAAGACCACAUGAGUGUUCAGAUUGUGGGAAAGGUUUUGGUUACAAAUCCCACUUGGUGAAACAUCUGACGACUCACAUAAGAAAGAAACCAUAUGAGUGUUCAGAUUGUGGGAAAGGUUUCACUUUCAAUUCCGACCUGAUGAUACACCAGAGGAUUCACACGGGAGAGAAACCAUAUAAGUGUCCAGAUUGUGGGAAAAGUUUCAGACUUAAUUACAAGUUGGUGAUACACCAGAGGAUUCACACGGGAGAGAAACCAUAUGAGUGUCCAGAUUGUGGGAAAAGUUUCAUCCAGAAUUACGACCUGGUAAUACACAAGAGGAUUCACACAGGAGAAAAAUCAUAUGAGUGCCCAGAUUGUGGGAAAAGAUUCAUCCGCAAUUCGUACCUGAUAAUACAUAGGAGGACUCACACAGGAGAAAAACCAUAUGAGUGUCCAGAUUGUGGGAAAAGAUUCAUCCGGAAUUCCUACCUGGUAAUACAUAGGAGAACUCACACAGGAGAAAAACCAUAUGAGUGUCCAGAUUGUGGGAAAAGUUUCAUCCGGAAUUCUGACCUGGUAAUACAUAGGAGGACUCACACAGGAGAAAAACCGUAUGAGUGUCCAGAUUGUGGGAAAAGAUUCAUCCGGAAUGCCGACCUGGUAAUACAUAGGAGGACUCACACGGGAGAAAAACCAUAUGAGUGCCCAGAUUGUGGGAGAGAUUUCAGUAGUAGGUAUAAGCUUAUAAAUCAUGUAAAGUUACACAUAGGAGAGUAACCAUUCAAAUGCCCAGAUUAUGGACAGUGUUUUGCAGAAAAUUCCUCUCUUAUUACAAAAGAAAUUCCACAUGAGGAAAAAUUUGAUCUUGAAUUUUGUUUCUUGUCUCUUACUGGAAGCCUAACUGAGAAAUUAUUAAUUUCUUGCAUGAUUCUUUUUAGUCAAGCGUGUUUUAUUAAACAUGAGGGAAGAAAUCUGAGCUUCCUCUGUCUGGCCUAGUGCAUUCGUUCUCUUUCGCGGAGUCAUGGUGAACUGUUGUGCUGGGCCAGAGAAAGCGAGCUUAGAUCUGUAUUAGGUAUCUUUGCCACCUUGAGUUAUUUCUACAUAUAAUAAGCGCGGGGUAUGUAUCUUUAUUUGUUAAGAAAAUGUAUAUGGCAUCCCACCUAAUGGUGAUUCCACAGAAUUUACAGCAAUAAAACCUGAAUACAGAAACCAAUAGACCCCAUACAUUGCAAAGGGCAAAAUGCAAAGACCCCACGGUUAACAUGCACUGGCCCUACAAUACAUGGCACCUCUAGCAAGGUUGAUGGCAAUUUGAUGGUCCAGGAGUCCCAACAAGGUGAUUCUUUUGUUCAAUGUAGAAGUUAACCAGGCCCCCUGGACUUACUAACUACACAUUGGGAACCCCAUGUUAAUACAAUAUAUCUUAUGUGCGGCCAUAAUUUGAAAACAAUGUUUAAUGUGGCAGAGUACUUGAGUAAAAUGGUUUGGCUGAGAUCAGCAUAUGUGGGACUGAUUGGGGUAGAUUUUAGGGGUGAUACUGAGAUAUAAUUCUAUCUUAUUUCACUUAUCAAUGUAUCAUAUUGUUGUAUUUUACUCCAAUUUCAUUUUAAUUUAUUUUUAUAGGAUUUUAUUAAUAAUUGAUGUUUGGAACUCUGUAUUCUGAUAUGGCCAAUGGGCUAAUUAAUAAACUAAACUAUUAAAACCAA